AUGGUGCAAAAGGAGGGGCAGGCGGCCUUGGAGGAGCCCCAGGGCAGCCCCAACCCGGCCGGAGCGUCCGGAGCUCCUCUGGAACCGCCGGGCGCCGCCGCAGGAGCCGUCCCGGGGGGCGAGGAAACCGACACGGAGACGGAGACGGCGCUGGGUUCCCGCCGCUUCCUCUGCGGCGUGGUGGAAGGCUUUUAUGGAAGACCUUGGGUUAUGGAGCAGAGGAAAGAACUUUUUAGAAGACUUCAGAAGUGGGGACUGAAUACAUACCUGUAUGCUCCGAAGGACGACUACAAGCACAGGAUGUUCUGGCGGGAAAUGUACUCUGUGGAAGAAGCAGAGCAGCUAAUGACUCUGAUAUCAGCUGCACGUGAACAUGAAAUAGAGUUCAUCUAUGCAAUCUCACCUGGGCUUGACAUCACUUUCUCAAAUCCCAAAGAAGUAUCCACACUGAAGCGCAAGCUGGACCAGGUUUCCCAGUUUGGCUGCAGAUCUUUUGCCCUGCUGUUUGAUGAUAUUGACCACAACAUGUGUGCAGCAGACAAAGAAGUGUUUAGUUCCUUUGCUCAUGCUCAAGUAUCCAUAACAAAUGAGAUUUACCAAUAUCUAGGAGAACCAGACACAUUCCUUUUCUGUCCUACAGAAUACUGUGGAACUUUCUGUUACCCAAAUGUUGCUCAGUCUCCAUAUUUACGAACUGUAGGAGAAAAACUGCUUCCUGGCAUCGAUGUGUUAUGGACAGGUCCAAAAGUUGUAUCCAAAGACAUUCCAGUAGAGUCCAUUGAAGAAGUUUCUAAGAUCAUCAGGAGAGCACCAGUUAUUUGGGACAACAUUCAUGCUAAUGAUUAUGAUCAAAAGAGGCUUUUUCUUGGACCUUACAAAGGUCGGUCAACUGAGCUCAUCCCUCGACUAAAGGGAGUUCUGACCAAUCCAAACUGUGAAUUUGAAGCCAAUUAUGUUGCUAUUCACACACUUGCAACCUGGUACAAGUCUAACAUGAAUGGAGUGAGAAAAGAUGUGGUAAUGACUGAUACUGAAGACAGUACCGUUUCUAUCCAGAUUAAACUGGAAAAUGAGGGCAGCGAUGAAGACAUUGAAACAGAUGUUCUCUACAGCCCACAAAUGGCCCUGAAGUUGGCCUUAACUGAAUGGCUUCAGGAGUUCGGAGUACCUCAGCAAUACAGCAGUAGGCAAGUGGCCCACAGCGGAGCUAAAACUGCUGUAGGGGACGUAGGGCCUCUGGUGGCACCGUCGUCUUUAAACGCAGCAACUGUGGUCACCACAGUCUACCAGGAACCCAUCAUGAGUCAAGGCGCAGCACUGAGCAGCGAGCCACCAGCCUUGGUAAAGGAGGAAGAGAAGAAGCAGUCUGAUGAGGAGCCGAUGGACAUGGUGGUAGAGAAACAAGAUGAUGCGGACAAGAAUGCUAACCAGAUACUGACAGAUAUCGCUGAGGCGAAGAUGGCAGAGGAGUUGAAGCCAAUGGAUACCGAUAAGGAGAGCAUAGCUGAAUCUAAGUCCCCGGAGAUGUCUAUGCAGGAGGACUCUGGUAGUGAUAUUGCCCCUAUGCAGACUGAUGAACAAAUUAACAAAGAACAGUUUGUGCCUGGGCCAAAUGAAAAGCCACUCUACGCAGUAGAACCAGUGACUUUAGAGGACUUGCAGCUUCUUGCUGACUUGUUUUAUCUCCCAUAUGAACACGGGCCCAAAGGCGCACAGAUGCUGAGAGAAUUCCAGUGGCUUAGAGCAAAUAGCAGUGUUGUCAGUGUUAACUGCAAAGGAAAGGAUGCUGAAAAAAUAGAAGAGUGGCGUAACCGAGCAGCUAAGUUUGAAGAGAUGUGCAGCUUGGUGAUGGGAAUGUUCACUCGCCUCUCCAAUUGUGCCAACAGAACAAUCCUUUAUGAUAUGUACUCCUACGUCUGGGAUAUCAAGAGUAUUAUGUCAAUGGUGAAAUCUUUUGUGCAAUGGUUAGGGUGUCGUAGUCAAUCUUCAGCACAGUUCUUAAGUGGAGACCAAGAACCCUGGGCCUUUAGAGGUGGUCUAGCAGGAGAGUUCCAGCGUUUGCUGCCUAUUGAUGGGGCAAAUGACCUCUUUUUUCAACCGCCUCCGUUAACGCCCACUUCCAAGGUGUACACCAUAAGGCCCUACUUCCCCAAGGAUGAGGCGUCUGUAUAUAAGAUCUGCAGAGAAAUGUACGCUGAUGGAGCUGAUCAACCUUUCCACAGUCUGCCAGACUUAAUUGGAGACAAGUUAGUAGGAGGUCUGCUCACCCUCAGCCUGGAUUACUGCUUUGUCUUGGAAGAUGAGGAUGGCAUAUGUGGCUACGCUUUGGGAACAGUUGAUGUGACUCCUUUCAUUAAGAAAUGCAAAAUGUCUUGGAUCCCUUUCAUGCAAGAGAAAUAUACUAAACCAAACAGCGACAAGGAGCUGUCUGAGGCAGAGAAAAUAAUGCUAAGCUUCCAUGAAGAACAAGAAGUAUUGCCAGAAUCAUUCCUUGCCAACUUCCCAUCAUUGAUAAAGAUUGAUAUCCACAAAAAAGUGACGGAUCCAAGCGUGGCCAAAAGCAUGAUGGCCUGCCUGCUCUCUUCUCUAAAGGCUAAUGGCUCCCGUGGGGCCUUUUGUGAAGUGAGGCCAGAUGAUAAAAGAAUUCUGGAAUUCUACAGCAAGCUGGGCUGUUUCGAAAUUGCUAAAAUGGAAGGAUUUCCAAAGGAUGUUGUUAUCCUUGGAAGAAGCCUUUGAAGUGCUCAACAGCAAACUGUUCCAGUGCUGCAGUCCCUUAACAUCUGGGCGGGGAGUGGUGGGGAUCUUCAUAUGGUCUAGCUGAACACAGCCAGCAAUAAGCCAGCUUGGGAGAGGGGACUAUGUGAAAAUCGCCCAUCACACAUUCAGACUGAUUUGCUGGAGGAGGAUAAUGCUGCUGAACACGCCGUUUUAGCAAGAGAAUCUCUGUCCUCUCCUGGUCUCGUGUGAAGUGCCAAGGAAUCUUGCAUGGACAAUGUAGCUGCCUGGAGGAAUUGUCCUCAGUCAGCGUUGUGGUUGACAGCAGUUGUGUGUUUGAGCAUCAGCAGAAAAGCGGCUGCUGUAAGGAAGAAUCUGUAAGGACGCAGUUUUGUUUCGGUGUCGUAGAGCAGGAUGUGCAACUGGGAGUUGCAGGAGUGGGAGGGAUUACCUAUGUCAAUCAGCAGAUGUAAAGAUAAGUAGUUAUAGUUCUAUUUUUGAGUAUCUUUAUGCUUGUUGAUUAAGCGAUGACCCAUUGUCACUUCUAACGACCAUUGGUUGGAGCUUUGUGCUGUUAGGGACAAAUGUGCAGUGGUCUGUGGCAGAAGUCACUUAAUGACAAACCUGUAAAUUUCGGUGUAUAUAAACUUAGCUGUAUGCUGACUAACUUUUUGUUUACCAGUUUUUGUAACUUUUUCUUUUAAAAACUGAAAGGAUAUAGGUCCAAGAUGGCACUUUUAAAUAACAUAAAACCACGAUGGAGAGCAAA